AUGGACAUUCGAUCAGCGGCAACGGCCGAUAGCACAACUCGAGAAAGCGAAAGCGACGAGGAGGCUGAAGAAGAGAAACGAGACUAUAAAAUGCAACGAAGAAAAAGCACCGGAGAUGUACCGAUCGCUGUAGAACGUGGCAAAGGUGUGGGGUCGUUUCGACAGUGGACACCUUUGGCCGCGAUGCAAGAGAACAACAAGCGUAACAUGGACGAUACCGUAUUGCACGGCGAAAAUGUUGCGAGCCGUCCAGAUGGCCUUAUUACUCCCAUUCCGAUGUCGUCAACUCUGCGCAUUUCCGAAAGCCACAAGGCGCUCGGUCAUCCCUCCACUCCUCCAGCCUCACUUGACAACGCUUCCAUCCCCCCUCUGGCAGUGGAUGCCCCAGAUAUGGAUAAGACAGCGGAACUUGUAACACUGUGGUCCAAAAUCAGCACUGCGCAGCUACGAAGCGGACAAUGCCGAAAGACCAUGGCCGAAAUGCGGGUGCAAAUGAGGGCACUUCGACAGCAGAGACGAGAAAUGGAGAAUCGCUUCACAGAAAUGGAACAUGACUUACCCAAGAGUCUGCAUACAAAUUUAAUUAACUCCUCACGAGAAUUGCAAAAGAAAUACGACUCUGCUGAGUCUAAGUAUGAGGUUUUAGAGACGGAGUUGGAGGAGUUGGAGGCAGUUAAUCAGGAUGCCGAGGUCAAAUUACUUCGACUGUUGCUUGUCGGUCAUCCGGCAGAGGAUGCCAUUUUUAAAACCCUCGCCGACAGAAACAUGGCUACCCGAACAGAAGGAGAUACAUCAGUUACUAACGAUAAUAGCAGAGAGCAAAGGGAGACGGGAUGUCUUCCAAAUGGCCACGGAUCUUUUACGAUGAACAUUUCUUACCCCAAACCGACCAAGGACCCUUCUUUGGAUGAACCCUUACUUAUGGGAAUAUCUGGAGACCGGUACUCGGAUAUCCAUCCUCUAUAUGCAGAACUCAUUCACGCCAUCGGGGACCACCAGAUGGCAGACGAGGGCGUUUCUGAAUUACUUUUAGAGCGCGACAUUAUUUUAGGCGAGCUGCAAACGAAAUUACUAUUGGAACGCAUCCAACAAGGCAAUAUGUACAUGAGCGAGAAGGAACUCGAGGCCUUAAAAACGAGCUUGUCUAAAUCAAGUCCUGCUUCUCUCGCCGAAAACUACGCGUCCUUUAUGGGAGCGCAAGAUGCAGCCUUUUUACGGCAAUUCGACAGCAAACUGGACGCUUCCUUGGACGAGCUCAAUUACCAAGAGUCGAGGAUCAGCACGUUGCGUGAAGUCUGCAUUGCCACUGGAGCCAUGAGGAGAAAUAUGCCGUACAGAGAGGAGUAUGCUAUUUGGGGUCAGACUGCCGGUGUUGAAAAUGACGACCUGGUGCAAAUGGCCAUGGCGGACGCACCGCCACAAGGGACAAUGGACCCAAAUGCCCUCACACACCCAUAUUUCCCUAUUCUGUUAUCCAGUCCCAAGCACCUGCUUGAGGUGGAGCCUCUCACGGCCAAGGCGGCGCUGCAGAGGGCACUGAAACUCCCUGCAGACUACCCGAUGCGGGAGCUGAUGGUGCAGGAAAAAGUCAAGGAAUACGGAAUUUCCACCGCGUUGACACGAUUUAAGGAAGGGCACAAGACGGAUUUCAUCAAUCGCUGGCUGCUACAACGUCUCCGCAUCUCUCCCCUAGAGGUGGAACUCCUCUACUCUCUCUUCAAAAUGAGACUCGAAGUGCUGAACUAUACGCAGUGGCAAACGGAUGUUCUCCGUUUCUGGACGGAGGAUGGCCUCCAGUCUGCAUCUGGCCCGGUGACGGCCUGCGCCUCGGUUCCUUCAAUAUCUUCGGAGGAAGCAGUUCGCACCUUUUGA